UCAAUUAAAACCUUCACAGUUAAACCUUUUUUUAAUUCGUUCAAUAAACCAAAACAGUGUUCUUGUGAGCGACAAAAAAUAAUGCUAAAUGCGCAGUGGUUAAAAACAAAAAAGAUCUCGACUAAAAAGUGUCAGUGAAUAUGUGUUUAAGGAGAUAAAAUCGAAACAAAUAAUUAGGAUGUGAAGCCAUGUUGGAAUGCGUGCGUCGCGCGGGCCCAGUUGUACGCGCGUCGACUAAAACUGGACAAAAUUUCCUGAUAACAACGAGACUUGUAUUUUUUCUCGUGCCCUUCAUUAUACUUCUGUCUGUCAGGGACAGUGUAUCUGGCGCUGUGUCUCUCGGCGCCCACCUCGUAUGCGCACGCGUCGCCGGCCUCACUGACAAGCAACGUGCCAUGUGUCGUUCGUCGCCCGCCGCAAUCGCCGCCGUGGGGGACGGUCUAAGAUUGGCGUACGCUGAAUGUCGGUCGCAGCUCGGCGGAUACAGGUGGAACUGUUCUGGUAUUGGAGAUGGAAAUGACUUUGGACACGUAAUGCCAUUGGCUACUCGUGAAGCCGCGUUCACUUACGCGAUAACGUCAGCAGGAGUCACGCACGCUCUGAGCACGGCCUGUGCGCGCGGAGACUUACCCGCGUGUGGGUGUUCUUCGAACAGCAGACGACGCUCACCGAGUCCUUCAGAACAGUUCCAAUGGGGCGGUUGCGGGGAGGCCGCUUACGGCGCAAGAUUCGCUCGGCGGUUCCUCGACUCGAGAGAAAUGGAAGCUGAUGCCAGAAGUCUGAUGAACUUGCACAACAAUAGGGUGGGGAGGAAGGUGAGCGAGGUCGUAAAAGAUUUAGUUAGACGCGAAUGUAAAUGCCAUGGCGUGUCCGGCUCCUGCGCACUCCGCACGUGUUGGCGUGCGUUACCACCCUUCCGAGCGGUGGGUGCUGCCCUACGAGAGAAGUAUCACAGAGCUAGACUCGUGGCGCCACAUCCGCCACCGGCCACUCAUGCGCCGCAGACCCAUCUUGUUAUACGAAGGUCAAGACAGAACGCCGGCGUAGGCAGGCAACCUCGGAAGUCAGAAUUAGUGUACCUAGAACCAUCCCCAUCUUACUGCGAGGCGGACCCCGCUACUGGAUCUCUGGGAACACAUGGACGUCAUUGUAACAGAACGUCAAGAGGCGAAGAAGGCUGCGAAACUCUCUGCUGUGGUCGUGGGUACAACACUGUGCGCACGGAAGAAGAGACUAAAUGCAACUGUCGCUUUCACUGGUGCUGCCGCGUGUCCUGUGACAAGUGCGUCACACGCAGCGAAGUCCACAUCUGCAAGUGAACGACAUCUAGCGAAGAGUAGCGACAUUACGUUGUAUAAUUUUAAAUUUGACGGAAGUAUUAGUUGAUAAAUUAUAUAUCAAUUAUUGCUUCUCUUUUUUUUCGAAUGAUUUUCGUUUUGUGAAUAUUGCGACUAAUUUCAAAAUUAUUAUAGGUAAUUAAUAGUUCUUAUCAGAUGUAAUACAAACCAUAUUAUAGUUCUUAGUGCUUAAAAUGAAUGAUGUAAAAUUAUUUGAAUGUAAGAUAUAAUUAUUGCAUUAAAUACAUUUCAAAGGUCAACCCUACCACUAUCUACUUCUAUUCUAGAUAAUUCACCUCGCGUUUAUGUAAGACAAAACAAAAAUUAUACCAUAAAUGAAGAUCGAAAACAAAUGUCAAUUAGCUCAGUUUUAUGUCAACAUUAUAAAAUAUAAUCAAACAAAAACUAUAGAUUAAAAAAAUAUAUCACAAAUUCAUAAAACUAAGAUCAUAAAGGUACUUUUUACAAGCAAUAUUUGUUUAUAUUAACAAUAAUUCACCAUUGAAUUACAAAUUCUUUUAUAAUUAUAUAUAUAUUCUGUACUCGUUUUUUUUCUUAAUUUGUGUAUUUCUCACCAGUAUUUCUCACAAUUAACUUUUCUUAACUUUCAUUUAGAUUUAGAUGCAACGGCUUUAAAAUUAUAUAUAAGUUACAUUAGUUAUCUAUUUGGAUUUAUAAAGUGUCAUCUAGCGGAGAAUAGUGUCAAUAAGCAUAUUAUUAAGAAGAUAACUGUAUGAUAUUUUGCAUUUAUUAAGCUUAUUUGUAUUGGCCCAUAGAAAUUAAUAUGUUUCUGAUAAUACUUUUUAAUAAGUCAAUUGUAAAGUAACAUUAAAACAUGCCUUCUAAAAUAAGCCAUUGUAUUUAUAAAGCUUUGAAUAAAGUGUCUUUCAUUUAUAUUUAAAAGCAAAUGACUACAGCAAUUACUUAAAAUAUACAAUAGAUCAUUAUAUAGCGAUAAUACUAAUAAGGUAUGCAAUCAAAUGGACAUAAAUCAUAAUAUCAUAAGUACUUAUUAAAUCAUUCCGUUUAGCUUAAGGUCUAACUUAUUCAUAUCACAAUACGAUUUUAAAUAAACUUUUUUCACGUCUA